AUUUAACCACGUAAGAUUGAUCGAAUUAAAGGAGGAAAGGUUAGCUUUUUUGCGGAUGGAGUGCCAGGUUCUGUAUGUGUGAAUAAAUAAAGGAUUAUCCUGUGUGUCUUUAGGAACGUCCUGAAGUGGCGUAUGCAAAAGUGAAUUAAGUGAAUUCCCCUCUGUUAAAGUUUCGUCGAAAAGGGCCGUGGUAUAUAUGUGUCGAUGGUGGAGCCAAUCCCCCGCGUAUCUAAGGAGAGCUGCGUCAUUAUAUUCCAAUAUGUUUGGAAGAUUGAGUCCACCAUCCUGCUUUUGCAGGUGAAGGGUUGCGACUCCUAUUCUUGGACGUUUUUUGUUCCAGAUAAAGGUUCUGAAAAUGUGUUGCAGUCGCUUAUUGUCUGCGGAGGAUAUGCGAUAUGGUAACAUUUGUAAUUUGUAAAGCAAUUUGGGGAAAAUCACCAUUUUAAUAAAGUGAAUCCUACCUGAAAAUGUAAGAUUUGUAUUUAUCCAUUUGCGGGUAUCUUGUUCAAUUUGAUCUAUGGUAAGUCUAAUGUUGGACUUAUACAUGUCUUUGUGAUGUUGUGUCAGUCGGAUUCCGAGAAAUUUUAUAUCUUUGCCUUCCUUUGCAUUAACAGAAUAGAAAAGCUAUGACUAAGUUUGGUCAGUUUUUUUUAUUAGGGCAACACAAAUACAAAGUGUUUUCUUGCUAAUAUCCUUAGCAUGAGAAUUGGGCUAUCUUUAUGACAUUUGCAUGGAAGACACAGCCAUUCUAGGUUCAUAUUCAUUAAAAACACUGUGUGUGGCUUGUUUUACAGAGGCCUGUUCACAAUUUGUGACACUCCAUCCAUUUAACUGUUUUCCCAGUGGAAAAACACCCAGUCCACAUGUAUGAUGACAUCCAACAGUAGCACAGAUUAUUUCAAGGAGGCCUGUUCUUGUCAUAAUCUGUUAUACUAUUGGAUGCAAAUAAAACAUUGUCACCCAGUGUGACCAACAAAAAAUAAAAUGCUUUAGAAAAGUCCAUACAAUCUUUUUCCCCAGCGUUUAUAUGAAUAAAGAUGUAUAUAAUGCACACAAAUACAUGUAGGUAUGACAACCAGGAGAUACGUUUAGGGAGACCCAGUGGUACUUCCAACCUUUCCCAAUCUGGGACCCAAAACCUGCAGCUGAAUUUUCCAAUUCUACUUGGCAAUAUUAUGUUGUCAAAGCAUUUUUUCACCAUGUUGUUUUCAUAGGUCACAACCUGUAUAAUACCGUAUUCUGGUCCCUCGUACAGAAAGGAGGUUUAACACCUGCAUAGGCACAGGACAGAUUGAAGCUGUCGACCAUCUUGUAUAUAAACUGAGGAACAGUGCGGAAUUUAUAUGCAGUUGCUUGCAACGGAUACUUGAGAGUGCAGACUUGAUUCUGGGUUGGCAACAUGAUUGCAGUUUUCCUCCUGCUCGUGGCUGUGAGCGGCUACUUCACUCCUGCCACAUCUCAAUGUUUGAAGCAGUGUGUUGAACGCUGCUCACUGGCUCCUCCCUCUGGCAAUCCUAUUUGCGUACAAAAUUCUUUGGCCAGAAAUCCAAUCGUAACCGCUAAAGUCAUCGGGCGAGUAAUGUGUGCCUUUGACAGAACCAAGGAUUCAAGAAAUAAGCUGGAACUCAUUUUAGCAGUCAAUUCAUUUUUGAAUGUAACCGGCUGCCCACGUUCACUCGUCAUGGGACCAAGACUAGCAAUGGAUGAUUUAAUCUUGGAUGUAAAUGGUUUGCUACAAAACAUGCUCAGGAUAUCAGUCACUGCUUUGAGUCCUUUCAAUCUUGCAAAUAUUCCUAUACCACAGUGUGGCCUACUGAGCGACCUUCGUCUUAAAAUCGAUAACAUUCUGAAAAUUGUCAGUGGCCUUCCAGAUCUUCAAAUCAUUAAAAGCAUUGCCGGGAAACCACUUGGUCUCCUGGCAAUUUUGCCUAGUGGUUUAUUGGAUUCAUUGUUGGGUCCUGUUGGUAAACUGGUCUCAACUGUGGGAAGUGUAGUUGGGCCACUUCUUAACCAGGUAGGAUCAACAGUCUCAGGAGUGCCAACAAUUCUCAGUGGAGGAGGAAGUCAGACAUGGCAAACAGGAGCUGCUGGAGGAUCAGUAAAUGCUGGAGGAUCAGUAACUGCUGGAGGACCAGGAGCUGGAUAUUCAGUAUUCCCUUAUGACGGAUAUACAUAUAGCAAUAAUAAUUUAAACCCUAAUCUAUACCAAUAUGACAGUUAUAGUGGUAAUACUGGUUAUUCAACAUCUGGUGCUGGAACAGGUCCAUUGGCUUCUUGGGAUAAUUCCAAUACAGGUUAUGAAUCAAUGAAUCCAACCUUUUAUGCUUCAGCAAAUGUACAAAACAUUAACGCAGGCACCGGUGUCUCUGCAUCCUCUGAUGUAAUCCCAUCCAUGCAAUUCAAAUAAAAAAGCAAAAGAAAAUUACAUUCCAGAUGAGCAAAAGAAGAAUGUAGUGCAACCACAUAAAAUCGUAAAAUAUGUAUUUUAGUUUAUGAUUACAAACAAAUCACUACAUAACUAGAAAAUAAAUGGCAUUUCA